GGUGAGUGGUAGUUCCCCGCUCACAGGGUCCAGAUUCCAUUUAAAAUGACGUGGAAGAUCUGGUUGUUGUGCUUGGCAGUGGUCUCCACUUAUGCCGAUGAUUUGGAUAGAUCUGGAUACGCGCAAGCUUCCGCAUCCGCAAACGCACAAGCUGAAAGUUAUGGAAAUCAAGUGCCACUACCUGUUCCACCAGUAUGGCCACGACCUGUUCCUGUACCUCAGCCAGCUUGUCCACCUCCAAUAGUCCUCCCUGGAAGAGCUUAUCCAGUACCGGUACCUGUUCCUAGUGAUCCUGUUGUAAUCAGAGUACCAGUACCCGUUCCAUCGCCACCAGAAAAAAUAUAUGUACCGGGUCCCUCGGUACCUAUGCCAUAUCCCGUUAAAACACCAUACCCAGUACCGUAUGGUGUGCCACGUCCUGUCCCAGUACCAUCACCUCCAAGAUUGAUUCCAGUGCGAGUGCCUGAGCCAAUUCCAGUACCAGGACCGACAAGAGAUGUACCAGUCCCAUACCCAGUUCCAUCACCACCUAUUCGCAUACCUGUUCCAUCCCCACCAGUACCUGUUCCGUACCCAGUGAACCGCUACAUACCCGUACCAGGCAAGGACAGAUUAAUUCCAGUACCAGUACCCAUCAGCCAAACGAAGAUUUACCCAGUGCCAGUAAUCAUCUAUUUAGAUCCGUUAUGUAGAAGGAAAUCACCAUUAGUGCCAUUCUUCUAUCCUGGCGAUUAUUGUAGCGUACACGUUUGUAAGGUCAAAUACAAUUUUGUAUACAUCGAAACGAGAGUCGUCGAAGGAUGCAAUAUAGGUCUUAACGACAUAUCAGCUCAUGCCAACGCUAACGCAAAUGCCGGCUCUUAUGGUGGUUUCGGUGGAAGCUCCGCUCAAGCUGAUGCUUCUGCCAAUGCUGCCACUGGUGGAUGGGGAGGUCUAGGCGGUCUAUCCUCCGCUCAAGCAGAUGCUACUGCCAACGCUCUUGCAGGUGGAUGGGGAGGUCUAGGCGGUCUAUCCUCCGCACAAGCAGAUGCUACUGCCAACGCUCUUGCAGGUGGAUGGGGAGGUUAUGGGGGUCCAUCAUCCGCACAAGCAGAUGCUACUGCCAACGCUCUUGCAGGUGGAUGGGGAGGUUAUGGGGGUCCAUCAUCCGCUCAAGCAGAUGCAUCUGCCAACGCUCUUGCAGGUGGAUGGGGAGGUCUUGGUGGUCUAUCCUCCGCUCAAGCAGAUGCUUCUGCCAACGCUCUUGCAGGUGGAUGGGGAGGUUUAGGCGGUCUAUCCUCCGCUCAAGCAGAUGCUUCUGCUAACGCUCUUGCCGGUGGAUGGGGAGGCUACGGUGGUCAAUCUUCCGCUCAAGCUGAUGCUUCUGCCAACGCUCUAGCAAAUAGAUUGAGAUAUCUAGGUGGCCUAUCCUCCGCUCAAGCGGAUGCUUCUGCCAACGCUCUUGCAGGAGGAUGGGGAGGUCUAGGCGGUCUAUCCUCCGCCCAAGCAGAUGCUUCUGCUAACGCUCUUGCAGGUGGAUGGGGAGGUUAUGGUGGUCAAUCUUCCGCUCAAGCUGAUGCUUCUGCCAACGCUCUUAGUGGUGGAUGGGGAGGUUAUGGCGGUCCAUCGUCCGCUCAAGCAGAUGCAUCUGCCAACGCUCUCGCAGGGGGAUGGGGAGGUCUAGGCGGUCUAUCCUCCGCCCAAGCAGAUGCUUCUGCUAACGCUCUUGCAGGUGGAUGGGGAGGUUAUGGCGGUCAAUCCUCCGCUCAAGCUGAUGCUUCUGCCAACGCUCUCGCAGGUGGAUGGGGAGGUCUAGGCGGUCUAUCCUCCGCCCAAGCAGAUGCUUCUGCUAACGCUCUUGCAGGUGGAUGGGGAGGUUAUGGCGGUCAAUCCUCCGCUCAAGCUGAUGCUUCUGCCAAUGCUCUUAGUGGUGGAUGGGGAGGUUAUGGCGGUCCAUCAUCCGCUCAAGCAGAUGCAUCUGCCAACGCUCUCGCAGGUGGAUGGGGAGGUCUAGGUGGUCUAUCCUCCGCACAGGCAGAUGCUUCUGCCAACGCUCUCGCAGGUGGAUGGGGAGGACAAGGCGGCUUAUCUUCCGCUCAAGCUAAUGCUGCUGCUAAUGCCGCAGCUAGUGGUUUAGGCGGAUGGCCUUUAGGUAUUGGUAUCAAAAGUGCAGAAGAAGAAUGAGAUUAACAACGAAUAACAAUUAACGCUAAAAAUAUAAACCGGGAAAUGGGAUCUCUACGUUGACAUGGCUUGUAAACAGGAUUUGAAGAUUUUAAGAUAAGAUUAAUAGCAUUGUAAAAUAGAUAUUAAUGCACGUUUUUUACUUAUACAAAUAAAUUAGUGGGA